AUCCUUCUCAAUAGACAAGCUUUGCCCAUGCGGGGCCCCGACGUCAUGCAAACCCCCUGCUGUGUUUUACGCUUGAAGCGGAGAGUGUGAGUGGAGGAAGAAGGGCAGCCUGAGGGCAACUUUUCGAGUAGAACAUCACGAAAAUAGCUCUUCGUGCUGUUCGAAAAUGGCUCAAAUAACGAGUGAAGGGGCCGAACAAGAUUCUCAGCCAACGUCGGAUCAAAACGGAACCGGGGAAACAGCAGAAACCGGCAAGGAAGGACAGGCCGUGCCGGACCCCAAACAGGAACCGGGCGACAACAACGAGAACAGAGCAGGAAUGGACGUGAACAGUGGUCGUGGUGCGGCGUCGGUGGACGGGGACAACCCGUCUCUUGUUCCCGACGCCGACAAAGAAACAGUGUUACCAAUCGAAAAGAUUGACAACGACGAAGGGGAAACCAGCAGUAAACUCUCUGAACCGGUGAAAAGUCCCGCACAGGGCAGUUGGGCGAGUGGCACUGAUUCCGCACAAGAGGGCUCCCGGGUGCUGAAACAAGAACAAAGAGAGGGGGAGAACGUGUCUUCCUCAACGCCUACCGACCGCACAAAGACCGCGGAGAAAGCCGAGCACGGCACCAAGAGACCGGCCAGCGUGGAACUGACCCCGUCGAAUGGAGAGCCGCUCAGUCGGAUGGAUUCAGAAGACAGUAUUGGCAGCACCCUGAUGGACAUGGAGAGCACGGCGUCCAGCGGUCGCUCCACCCCGGCCAUGCUGAACGGUCACAGUGCGGUGGCAGGGAGCGGCUCGGCACCGGCAGGGGGCAAACCUCUGAGCUACACAUGCUGCUGGGAUCACUGCCAGCUGCUGUUUCUCAGUAGCCCCGACCUGGCCGAACACAUCAGAGCCACACAUGUGGACGGACAGAGAGGGGGGGUGUUUGUGUGUCUGUGGAAGGGGUGCAAGGUGUACAACACGCCGUCCACCAGUCAGAGCUGGCUGCAGAGACACAUGCUGACCCACAGCGGAGACAAGCCCUUCAAGUGUGUGGUGGGAGGCUGCAACGCCACAUUUGCCUCUCAGGGGGGGCUGGCCCGUCACGUUCCCACUCACUUCAGCUCCCAGAGUUCAUCCAAACUGUCCAGUCAGGGCAAAGUGAAGGAGGAGUCUCCAUCCAAGGCGGGCCUCAACAAGAGGAGGAAACUCAAGAACAAACACAGACGUUCCCUUCAUGCCAGUGUAGAGCAGACUGGGAACGGGAGAGAGAGGGCGCGACCGCAUGACUUCUUUGACGCUCAGACCAUGGACGCCAUCCGCCAUCGAGCCAUCUGCCUCAACCUGGCAACACACAUCGAGAGCUUGGGCAACGGACAUAGUGUGGUCUUCCACAGCACGGUAAUAGCCAGGAGGAAAGAGGACUCUGGGAAAGUGAAGGUCUUGUUGCACUGGACACCUGAAGACAUACUGCCAGAUGUGUGGGUGAAUGAGAGCGACAGACUGCAGCAGAAGACCAAGGUGGUUCAUCUGUCUAAGCUGCCUACAGACACAGCUGUACACCUGGACCCAAACAUCUACAGGAUGUUCUUCUAACCACCUCCAGGGGGAGCCACUGUCACUUCCUGCUUAUCUAACCUCGAGGAGGAGAUUGCCUCCUUUUCUCUUUGUCUCCAUCUCUAUAUUCCUCUUCUCCCCUCCACUCUCUCCCAGAGGAUGAUUGGAGUUUAGUGACUUAUUUUCUCAUGGCUGUCUGAGGCCACCAGUGUUUUCAGCAUUAGGUGCUGAGUUUACAGAGGGCGUGGGGGGGGGGGGGGGGGGGGGGGAGAUGUUGCUUGUUUUAGGUAACACGACUAGACUGAAAACUGACAGAAGUGUACUUGUAGACAGACAUGUGUAGAGAGAAGCUGACUUUGUAAAUACUUGAGAUUUGUAAUAUAUUUUUAUACUUUGAAUUUUUUUUUUUACUGUAGAUAGAUGUUUUUUCUGCCAAACAUUUUUAAAUGGACUGAUAACUACUGGUCAUGUGCAUAUAGCUGGCAUUUCUCUGGUUUGAUGUCAUUAAACUUUUUGAACCUC